AUAAAACAGGCCUGGCCUCUGCUCUCAGCCACACACCCUCCUGACAACAUGAGGUCUAGCAGUCUCCUGGUGCUGGUGGUUUUGGUCGUCCUCGGGGCGCUGGCAGUGCACGCAGCUGUCGUCGGGGUUCCUUAUAAAGGUCAAGAAGCAGACAAGGGCCAUGUUCUGGUCAAAGGACAAGGUCCAUUUGGAGGUCAACACCCAGCCAAAGGGAAGGGUCCGGUCAAGACCCGCGGGCCACACCAGGUGGGCAUCAAGCGGGGCACCUGCCCCAAGACCCUGAUCAGAUGCGCCAUGUUGAACCCCCCGAACGCCUGCCUGCGGGACUCCGAGUGCUCCGGACCCAAGAAGUGCUGCGAGGGCUCGUGCGGGAAGGCGUGCAUGACUCCCCACUGACGUGGAGCCUGUCCUCGCCGCACCCGCCAAGCCCCCCGGGCUGGCCUCCCCGGUCCCUGUAGCACACCCCUUUCCCACACUGCUCAUUCUCCCUCUCGCUGAGCACGCCCAGGCCUGGGGCUGCUUCUCGCACUGACUUUCUAAUAAAAGACUGUUUCCUGCACCAUU